UGCUAGUGCGCUUCCAGUGACCGGUCGUUAGUUCGGACAGAACCACCGCGGCAAAUUCGCUGAAACGAUCUCGGAUUUUUGCGAAGAGGUGACGAACGAAAUCGCCGAGUCGUCGACGCAGAAUUGUGAUCAAUCGAACAAGAAUAUUCAGUUAAUAUCCUGAUAACUUAGUGUCGCGCGUGACAUUGACAGGUAGUGUUGCAUUGUAAUUUAUAACGUAUGUAAAACAUCGCGAGGAUUGAUCAAAUAUUCAUCAAUUUCGAACUGAAACAAACUGAAAUAAUCCACGGACGAUAUUUCCAAAGUGUGAUGCGAGGACCGUCCGCCGUUUGACAAUUCUCCGUCCCCGUCGGUCGGCGAAGCCUAUAAUUCGAAAGAAGCAGUAGCUUGCGCUAAUUCGAAUCAAGGCGCUUCUCGCGCUGGCACGCUGGAGGCUGGGUGAUGAGAGACGGCAAAAAUGAGGAUCGACCUAGCGGAAGUUGAAGUAUCGACGGAGGACAGCCCGCCUGCCGCCAUCGCCGUCGCCGCCGCGGCGGACAUCGGCAGCAUGGACAGCACAGACGACUACGACGGAGUCGAGGCCGAGUUAACGAGCCUCUCCUGGUUGCAGUCGCUUGAUAUCACCAGCGCGUCUGGCCUGCCGACGCCACCCUGCUCGCCAUCGCCACCGCCGCUCGCCCGCCAACCCCCGAAGAAGCUGUCGCCCUUGGUCAAGGCCGAACUAGAUCUCGCGGAAAAUGCCGACAAAUAUCGAACGGAUCCCAAUGCGAAGCCGCCGUUCUCCUACGCCACAAUCAUUUGUCUUGCGAUGCGCGCCAACAAUAACAAGGUCUCCCUUUCGAACAUCUACGCGUGGAUCCGAGAGAAUUUCUUGUUUUACAAGUACGCCGAUCCAGCCUGGCAGAACUCGAUCCGGCACAAUCUCUCGUUGAACAAGUGCUUCGUGAAGCUGCCGCGCUCCAAGGACGAGCCGGGCAAGGGCGGCUUUUGGAAGCUGGAUCUCGAGAGGAUGGAGGAGGGCAAGCGGUCCAGGCGCCAGCGUUCCAUGAUCUCGCAGCGGUCUCGGGGCACCAAGAGGCAAUCCCCCUCCGCGACGACCACGACGACGGCGACGACCACGACGGCGACGACGACGCUUAACGCUCUGAAUACCGGCAGCAGCUGCACGCCGCCCACCAGCUGCCUGUCCAACACCCUGUACGAGACUCCGCCUAGUAGCGUGUCACCCCCCAUUCCGGACAGUCUGUCGGAAGUGCCGGAGUCGACGCAGGUGAGCCUGAGCGAGGACGACUUCACGAGCCUGCUGAUCGCUGGCUGGGACGAGAAUAAUCAGCUGGAGCUUCUCGAUCUCUUGGACACCCUCUAAACUCCCUCUAAAUAUGCCCCCGCCCUUCCCUCCUCCCCUCUCUUUCCCGUCUCUCAGGAAUCAUCGGUUCUUCGUACGGAACGGACGCGUUCUUGUUCUCUCUGCAUGCGUCCCUCGAUUUCCCGUUUCACACGAUGAUGAAUAACGGCAUUUUCCGAACUCCGAGAUAGACUGAGAGAAAUCUCAGUUUUUUGGUUCUAUUGGAAUUCGCGAGAGCGUUCCAUUCCGUGGUUGCGAUAUAACGCGCGAAUGGCAAUUAUGUCGUUAAACUAUUUUACGUCCAAGAGCAGGCAGACGCAAAAGUUUGAUUCGAUCGUGUAUUUGUUAUAUAAAAUGUCAGAUAUUAAUUUGCGAUCGAGGUCGAGGCGAGGUGAGAACAAAAGUGCCGUUAGGGAAGAAAGGCCAGAGAGAGAAAAGCGAGCAUAUCUUCUUUCUUCUUCCUUAACAGUGAGUUAACUGGCGUAAACGAUAUAACGAAUGAUUGUAACGUCGCAAUUUGAACGCGCUCAGGCAGAUGGUCUUAAAGCUCCUGUUUCCUCAUUGGAACCGCAUUGAACUGUGACGCGAGAAGCGAGAAGCGAAUCGCAUGGUACGUGAACCUUUUUCCCUUUUCUUUUCUCUUUAUACAUUGAAGUAAAUUAGCUUUCUCGUAUAUUCGCGUGCGUUUAUUAUUCUGGAUUAAUUCGAUCCUUAACUCAUUAAAUUCUAACAGACCACGCAUUUUUCUGUUUUAUCCUCGUAACUUGGGUUCUAAUUCAAAAUUUUUAUACCGCGAUUGAUGUUUAGAGGAGCAAGUCAUUUUACCCCUAAAUUAUACUAAUUGUUUAGAAGUUUUGAUUAGGAUCCGAGUUACAAGUUUAAAACAGAAAAGCGCGCAAGGAUCUCGCAGGACUUAAUGGGUUAAGUCAAUCAUAUAUGUAUAUUUCAACGAAAAUUAACUUUAAGAUAGCCAAUCAAAAUUUACAAUUGUUUAUUAAUCAAGAGAAGAGAAUUCUUGAUAUAUAUUUUACCGAUUGUACUGUUAAACGUGGUGUGGGUGUGCAAGAAAAUUAAUUUAUUCCGACGCGUAGUACGUAGCGUACGUAGUAUGUACAUAUGACUAAUGUAACGUGUAAACUUGUGUGAAAAAAAGAUUUACAUGAGCCCUCGUGCCUGAUGUCGUAGUACAAUAUGGCUGCAGAGAAAAACAGUAGAAUUAUCGCCGUCAGCAAUCGCCGUUACGUAUAACCAUAACGUAUAUAACUGAUAUAUAAUUAAUGCCGAGAAACGGCUACUCAUGACGGAACAUCGUAAUUCGAUUGAAGCGAUUAUUAGAUUAUGCCGCGAAAUAUUCGCCAUAAUCGGUGGUGUUACACGGAUGAGCAACAUCAGUACUUUUGAUAUAUUUCAUGAAUUUAGAGACAUAAGCGGCAUCCUUUCCGAUGUAACGAGAGAAAUUCGUUAUUUCUAUAAAUAUAGAUACAGUUUCUGCAGUUUUGUAUAACAAUUCUUGAUAUUUAUUCGGACAUUUGUUUUUUCGCCGCAUAUCUUCAUUUAUAUUCAACUCGCACCUUAGCCAUUGGUGAUCCAUUUCGAUUUUCUUUCUUGAUUUCUUAAUCGUCGAGUCUGUUUUGGAGUUUCAUUCUUUUGCACCGAUAUUCCUUUUUGCCUGGAGAAUGACCGUACUCCUUGCGGCAAAACAAUUCACGCAUCGUGCCUUGGAAUAAUUAGAAAGUAUCCCUUGUGUAUUCUUAAGCAAAAUGCGUUAUAUAUACAUAUAUAUAUGUCAGAUCGAUCGAUUAGCGUAAUGCAUACGAUAUUUUCUAUCGUUGCAUUUAAAUGACACUUUCCAGUGUCUCUUGCUUCGAUUUUUAUCGCGCAAGAGAAGAAAAUGUAUAACACGCAUCUUAGAAGAGACGCAUCGCAAUCAAUCAAUUGCGAAUCAGUUGCGACAAGUAUUACAAAGGGUUCAUUGACACUUUAAUCCUUCCGGAAUCUAAAGAUACAGACAAGUAUUUAAACAUAAUACGCCCGAUUGAAAAUAGCAUUUCUAGAUUCCGGGAGUUAACAAAUCAUUAUAAAACAUUAUUAAAUCUUAGUACACGACGUACACCCAAGAUCAUGUUACCUUAAUAUACAAAUUUAAGUGCUCAUCAAGACACACGCACAUAUUGCACAUUUGCUGCAACAUCGACAUAACUAAAAAAAAAACAAAGCUUUCCAGAAAAUAAGUAUUUUGAAUCAUUACAAUUUUGUAAUAUCAUUCUUAAAGUAUGUAUCUAGCUAUAUUUUAAUUUUUCAUUCAGUGUAUUGAAUUCUCGCCAUCUUUUUGCAAACAAUUAAAAGAUGACAAUUUUUUAGUUAUGUCUUUGUUGUAGCAAAUGAGUGAUAUGUUCCGAUAUGUUCAUAAAUUUAUACGUUAAAGUAUUAAUAACUCUGUAUAUAUCGAGCAGGUAUACACAGCGCAACUGCGGUUUCUAUUUUAUUAUCCCUAUGUCGUCCCUCCCUCCCCCCUCUCUCUCUCUCACUCUCUCUCUCUCUUUCUGGACGAUUAGGAAUUAUUAUUACCAUAAUUAGUGAUAUCGUGAUUACGGCGAUGUUUCGUUGUAUGGAACCAUAGUACUUAUAGAUGAAACGUAGAAGUAUGCGUUAGAUUCCUACACUGUUGUAAGUGGGGUGUCUCAAAAAAUGCCGCUCGACGAUUGAAAGAUUGUUCAACGUAUGUAGAAUUCUACUCCAAAUCAUGUUGGGAAUAUGAUAAAACAAGCGAUUAAAAAAAAAUACGUACAAAAUGUCAACGAAAUAAAUCAAAGCUAGAUUUAGUUGCAGUUUUGAGAGCGCGAGCUGUUCGCCUCAGCAGCGGUCAUUUUACCAAAUACAAUACAAAACGAACAAUUCUUCUCAGUGCUAGCAAAGCGCGUCGUUAAUAUUUUCUAAACAACUUAAUUACGAAUAAAAUAAGAAUACUUUCUAAAAAAAGGUUUAAAGGUAAUUCGAAAAACAAAAUUCCAGCUACGUAAUAAAUUGUUGGCGAAGAACGUCGAUUGCGAUUCUCCAUUUGAAAUUUUGAUCGAUUUUUUGGGAAUUUUGUUAGUGACGAAAGAAGAUCGAUCAGAAGAAAGUAGAGUAACGAUAAAAGAGAAGUUUUCGUGACGUCGCGGUAUUUCAAGCGGCACCCCGCACAUAAGUCUCGCGUUUUAUUAUCACGUGUAUACGACUACACGAUAACAUAUUAGAAUACAAUUGUCGGAGGCGAUACUAAUUACGCUGGUGUGUGAUAUAAUAACUAAUUUAGUUGAAUUGGUGUGUCAAUUUUUACGCUCUAAUUCACGCCUUUUCAGAAUCCGUCCAAGUUCGUCCGUCCCGAGGGCAGUUUAAGGCUCCUUCGUUUCUUCAUUGCAGCCGUAUUGAGUUAUAACGUCAAAAGCGAGAAAUCAGUCUUUUUGAAGGAAUUUUCUCUCCUACACAUUAAGAGAGAUUGACUUUUUGUGUCAACAACCAUGUUCGAUUACGAUUUGAUAAAGUAGAUGUCUCCUUUUCAUUAUAUCAUCAAUAUAAUUUAAUAUAAUAAUAUAAAUCCUGUAUUUCCAUCGAAAAUCAAUCAUACGAUAGUUAUUCAAGAUUUAUAGCUGUUUAUUAAUCCACAAGUCGAAAAGGAAACUUUUAAUCCAUCAUAUUUUGUAUUACUAAUCGAUGAUAGUAAAGAAUGGCUAAUAAUAUUAAUAAAAAUAUAAAAAAAGAAGAAAGAUGUUAGGAAUAUCUUUACAAAUAAAAAUAUAAUAUAUUUUAUCAGUCUAUAUACAUGCGGUGCGUCCCAGGUAGCAGCUGACGUUAUUUGUCGUUAUUUUAAUGUCCAAAUGUCGUUAUCUUCACAUCAAAAUAACAUCUAAGAUCAGCUUGCUACUUAUUGGGACGGUGUAAAAAAGUUAAUUUAUGUCUACAUAUAAUGCAAGAGAAAGAGAUUCGUAAUUUCUCGCUUCUCACAUAGUAACUCGAUACAGUUGCAGCGGGAAAAUAGGAAUUUAUACAUUUAUGUUCGCAAUGCGUUAAUAACGGAAAAUGUGAAUUUGAAGAUUGAUCGUCGAAAUACGAAAGACGACAAACAACAACAAAACCAACGCGAUCGCGAACAUAUAACUGUAUUGAUCGCGAUUAAUCGCGAGUAGAGUGGAUAUGUGCCUUGAAGUAAAACUAAAAGUAUAGUUGUGUUUUCUUUUUCUCUUUUACCUAAUUAUUUAUCCCCACGAUAUAUACAUAUAAUAUAAGGGCUCAGUGCAACGUGUGGUUGUCUCCAUGAUUUGUAUCCCAUAUAUAAUUUAACAUGUAAAUUCUCUAUACGAGACAUAAAAGAAAUAAAUAUCGGAGGAACGUCA